AUGGUGCUCAACCCAACGAGUCCUGUUCGAGUGUUUGGCCGCAAAGUUGCCAACCCUUCUCGACCUGUGGGGGCUGAAGCUGACACUCGAACCGCGCCACCGCCCACCACACAAUUGCCUCAUUCAGCAGCUCCAUCUCCAAAGAUGGCUUCAAGUUUGCGUGAAGGCAUGUCGAGACUUAGGCACCUAUCACGCGACAGAGAUGCUACUCCCCAAGAAGUCAGUCGCUGGUCAAAGACAACAACCGAGUCCGAAGCGUCAGAGGGUGUCGUCAAGGAUCAGCCACCUCAGCCCCGGAAUGUGCUGAAGAAAAAGGCCAAGCAGAAAAGAAAGUCAAAAGACACCACGAACUCGAGCCCGGUCGAUCCAUCCUACGACCCGGCCACCAAGAGAUUUCUGACGGAAGGUGAAUUAGACGUGCUUCCGAUUAAUGUGUCUGGUCCAAUUGAACCCAAUUCUUUCUAUGAUUCUGACGAUUCCGGUCAGGAAUCACCAGUCAUUGAAAGGGCAAGCAGUGUCCGUGUAGCAAAACCAAACAUUGUUCAACACAAUAAUAACUCUGGCGGGUCUAUUCCAAGACUGUACGCUCCUCACUCGACUCCAACAGAAGUUGAAUCUGGGCAAGGCAAAGACCUUCAGGCCUCAAGUGGACGUUUCCUAUCUACAUCGGCUGGAGGGAAAGAACAAUAUCAACCUGAAAAUCCAAGUGGCCCAGAAGACGCACUUAAGGCGCUCGAAGGGCGAGAUUCGAACGAGGACACCCUGACUGCGCUUCCACAAGUGGUAUCCUUCCCUUAUCGUCCCGAGCAAAACGACAGUGUUAAGGAGACAAUCAUCGAAUUUCCCGACACGCCAGGGCGUGUUGAGGCUCUAUCUACCCUUCCAACGCCGAUGGGAGGGUUUGGUUCUGUCCGUCUUCCGCCUAGCGGUGCAGGCACCACCGCCUCAUCAAGUGGAACGUUUGUAUCGACCACACCCUCGCUCGAUGGUCUCAGGUCGAACCCCCCGACCGAGCUUGACAAGAAACUGUCGCGUGCCAUCUCGGCUCCGGUGCGCAACUCCCGCCGCGUGACGAUUCGACCGGCAGACCUGAUCUUAACCCAGACGAACAAUGACCACAAGUUGUUCCGCAAAAACAUCGUCAGCACCCCUUACCCAGCUCGGCACAGCAGUAUCGGCGAGAUCGACGAGAUCGUCGCUGCCAAUGCCGGUGGUCGUAAACCGUCCAGAGAGAGCAACAGUAAGAGCAAGGGCUCGACCUCGUCCAAAUUAUCAAGGAGUCUCCGGCGCUCCCGCUCAACACGCAAGAAAUCUUUGUCAAGCACCUCUCCUAGCACCAAAGUCGAUCUCGACAGCAACACGGAGAAACAACCACAGCACUCAUUUUCGGACGAACCCCUUGCUGAAAAGGACAAAACAGCACCCGAGAUCCCACUUUCAACGAAACCAGUCCUCGGAGGUGCCAGUAGCACACCAGCCAAGUCAGACCGAUUCCCAUCUCCCGUAGCACCGGAAGUUCUGUUUCUGGACCUCCGCCUCGCGCGACACCCGUCGGCUAAAACAACGAUCGAGAUUGAGAUCACCGACAAGACCAACUUUGACGACGAACAGCUCUUCACGCUCAUUCAAAAAUCCUACCGCUCUCGUCUCUUGGGCGUUGCACGCCGCCUGUUUUCUGCACGCGUACUCUCUUACGCAUCGUUCGGCACUGACUUGGCCACCAUCAGUACCGCCACGACACCGCCCCGUCGGAACUGGUACCCUGGCAGCCCUUUACCGGCACUGACUCCAGGAGUAGGGGGUGGAGUGGGCACGCACGAGAUCGAUGGCACGGACUUUGUCAAACAUCUCCAUAACCCACGCCUCGGGCGGCGGCGAAAGAUGUGGCUCUUGUGGCUACGCAACAAUCAACAAACCGAGUCGUUUGCAUCUUCACGACGCAACCGUGCCCGCCAUGCCGGUGGUGUAGACCACAACAACAACAACAGUCCAUCCGACGUGGUCAGCCCCGUUUUCAGUUUCAUGGGCCACAGUCGCAACAGUAGUCACGAUUCGACUGACCCGUACGGCGUGACCGGCGCUCAACGAUCCCCUCUGACCGCUUCAUCUGCCACUGGCGGACUCACCUUUGACUCAUCCGGUGGUGCUACGGUGGACGUGAAUGACGGUGCAGCGGGUUUCUCAAGUGCCAAACCCAGCGUCAAGAUUCCACGCAUGCCUUUCCAGCAACCACCGCCGCCGACGUUUCCCAUGUCGUAUCGAAGCUUGAGUCGAUCUCAUUAUCUCCGCGGCGUGGGUUCAGGUGUUGGUGGUUCUCGAGAAUCCUCCACCGGCGCGAGUGGGCCCCCCUGUCUUCAUCUCCACUAUACAUUCUCCUUACCCAGAAUCGUCGCCGUUCUGGCCGCCGUCUUGUUCCUCGCGGUCUUCACCAGCGUCAUGUGGGUUCUGUUCGGUCUUCCGGGCCGAGGGGCCGAUCAGGGCAACACGACCACGCUGGUCGAGGGCCAGGAGUACGUCGUGGGUUGGAAGAGGGACGCGCAGACCCGCGCGGGCGUCGCGGUCGUCAUGGGCAUCGCCGUGCUCUUGGGUGGUGUCGUGUGUGAGGCCGUCUGGGUCUGGGGGAGUUGGGUCCUGAUUUGA